AUGGGCGGUGUUCAAGCAAAGCCAGAGAGACGACCCGUUUUGGAGCGAAAGACAUCCUUUGCUAAGAAUCAUAGGAUUGUUCCCAUCAAUUCCGAGCCAAGAAUUUUUGAAGAGUUGAUGAGAUCGUAUCAGGCGGAUUGCAAAGAUGACAAAGAGUUGCAAGACUUCGACGCCGAACUCAGCUCCGGCGCCGAAGAAGUCGUCCGCAGUACCGGUCUUGAUCGGUUCAAGCAAUGCCUAAAGUACCUGACGCAUUCCAACGAGAAGAUUGUGAGGGUAAUCUUGUCAUGCAAAAAACAGAUAGUUGAGGCAGAGGGUGUGGGGGCGAGGAUGGUGAUGACGGCGAAUGAGCAGCUCUUGGAUCAAUUCUUGAUCAAGGAGUACUUCAACAAUAGCUUGCAGACACUUCAACUCUGCAGAUUGGAAUUGCAGGACUUUAUCAACUCGGCUCGUGAGGUCCAUUCAUGCAUUACAGAUGUGGUACUUGAUUGGGAAGUGUCGAAGAAGCUCAACGAGUCUCAGAAGAUGUAUCACCGUUCUGCGGAAGCAGUUGUUGCCAAGGUGAAAUCUCUGCGCGACCAACAUAGAGACAUGCUUGACAAGCUGAAAGAUCGAAUUGUGAAGUUUGAUAGGAAGCUGGAGCUUACUCGUACUUUAAAGAAGGUCGUAAAUGUGGUGUUCAUGGGUAUGUUGUCUGGUCUGUUUGUUUGCACCAUCAUGGCGGCGGCUAUGGCUGCUCCGCCAGUUGCGUCGGCCAUGACCUCUCAUCCAUGUAUCGCCGGAGUUGUUGCUGGUGGUGCCGUUGGUUAUGCUUUUUCGGCAGUAUUAAAAGAGGGACAACACUGGCUUCUGACUUUUAUUCAAGGUUAUAAAUCAACUCUGGAGGCACAUACGGGUGUAAUUAAGUCGAUGGAAGCCGGAACCCGAGACGCCAUUAAAGAGUUGGAUGACAUCAUGUGUCAUGUUAAUAAGGUCAUUGCAAAAGGGAACGAUCCAGUGUUGUCCAAUUUAAGCUCCACAAAUGAUGAGGGAAGAGUGGAUGUGGUUGAUCAGGAAGUGACGUCUAUUCUGGAAAAGCUGGCAGAGUUUGGCAAGGAAAUUGAGGAACUGGACGAGAAAAGAGAGCAGUGCCUCCGGGUUAUAGAGACUGCAAGGGAUAAGGUUCUAGGGGAAUAUGGCGAAUUGAAGAGUAGCCCAGUGUGGAACACGAAGAUCAAGAAGUAG